AUGCCAGGAUUAGACAGGGAAUUGGUAGAACACAAGCUGCCAAUUAAGGAUGGCUACCUUCCAGUUGAACAGGCCAGAAGAAGAAUGUCUAUGGAUACAGAACUAAAAGUGAAAGAAGAAAUAGAAAGGUUGCUCAAGGCAGGAUUCAUCAGACCAGCUAUCUAUGCUGAUUGGCUAGCCAAUAUUGUACCGGUUCUCAAAAGAAAAACAAAGGCAGUUAGAAUCUGUGUAGAUUACAAAAAUCUGAAUGAAGCAUCUCCCAAAGAUGAAUACCCCAUGCCAAUGGCAGACAUGCUAGUAGAUGGAGCUGCUCAUAACCAGAUGCUAUCUUUUAUGGAUGACAAUGCAUGUUACAAUCAGAUCAUGGUAGCGGAAGAAGAUAUCCACAAGACAGCUUUCGUGUGCCCAGGACAUAUAGGUGUUUUUGAAUAUACUGAAAUGCCUUUUGGUUUAAGAAAUGCAGGAGUCACUUAUCAAAGAGCAAUGAAUUCUGUUUUCCAUGACAUGAUAGGGCAUUCUUUGGAAGUAUAUAUAUAUGAUGUGGUGAUUAAAUCCCCAAAGGAGGGAAAUCAUGUAUCAAAUCUAAGAAGAGCAUUCCUAAGAAUGAGGCAACAUAAACUGAAAAUAAACCCAAAGAAGUGUGUUUUUGGAGUUCAAGCAGGAAAUUUCUUAGAAUUCUUGGUCCACCAGAGAGGCAUAGAGGUUGACAAGAACAAAGCAAAAUCCAUCAUAGAAGCUCUACCACCUCGGAACAAGAAAGAACUGCAGAGUCUCCUAGGAAAAAUGAAUUUUCUAAGGAUAUUCAUAUCUAAUUAUGCAGGAAAGAUCCAGCCUUUCUCUUCUCUGUUAAGAUUGAAGCAGGAACAGACGUUCAAAUGA